AAAAAAAAGGUGCUGAAAUGUCGUCAGUUCCGCGAAGCAUUUCUAGCCUGGAAAAGCGGGGUUGGACCUCUGUACAAACAACAAGCCGGAGAGUGAUCAGCCUGUUUAGCAGCCAUGCCAUAAGACAACACUGAAACCAGAUGAAUCUGUCAUCGGUUCGUAAAUUAAUUCGAUCUUGUCAUUUUCCACGACUGACGGACACGCACAACGCGUCUCGACGAAGCCGCGCAUUAACUGGAAUGCACUGACGUUAGCCAGUUGGCUAGCUAGCUUUCUGAAUAGCUCAUUCAAGACGAAGCUUCAACAGGUCUAGGUCAGUAGGACAGAUAGUAUGCUGAGUAAAGCGGCCACUAUGGAGAUCUCUAUCAACAGGAACGGAGACACAGGGACGCUGCCGGAGGACGACAGCCUUGAACAGGUUGCUAAGCUACAGUGGCGCUUAGAUGAGAAGGUAGGGAGUUCCACAAUUACCAGGGACCUACAGCAGGUGAUGGUAUCGGGACCCAACCUGAAUGAGACCAGUAUCGUAUCCGGGGGUUACGGGGGUACAGCCGAGGGAAUCAUUGCUACCAGCUCCAUUAAAGGCCCUGCUGUGCGCUACAACGCUCAGUUUAACAGACGCAUCCCAGUCACAGGACAAGGUUCCAGUAUGCAGGAUAGUAGCAGCAGCAGUUCCAUGACUGCAGAGGAGGCCUCUAGAGGAGUGGCUGUAGAGAAACUGGACUUUAUGAAGAAAUGGGGCCUCAACACCUACAAGUGCACUAAGCAGAUGAUCUCAGAGCGGUUUGGUCGUGGUUCUAGGACUGUUGACCUAGAACUGGAGGCUCAGAUAGAAGUUCUCCGGGACACCAAGAGGAAGUAUGAGAAUGUGCUGCGAUUGGCUAGAGCCCUGACCAAUCAUUUGUACAGCAUGGUGCAGACGCAACACGCCCUCGGGGACACCUUCACCGACCUCAGCCUGAAAUCACCUGAACUACGGGAUGAGUUUGGGUACAACGCAGAGACCCAGAAGUUGUUGUGUAAGAACGGAGAGACGCUGCUGGGAGCCAUCAACUUCUUUGUGUCCAGCAUCAAUACACUGAUUAACAAAACCAUGGAGGACACACUGAUGACCAUCAAGAUGUACGAGGCUGCUAGGUUGGAGUUUGAUGCGUACAGGGCAGAUCUAGAGGAGUUAAGUGUUGGUCCCAGGGAUGCGGUGACCAUGGCCCGUAUAGACACAGCCCAGGAGCAGUACCAGAUCCACAAGGACAAAUAUGAACGCCUUCGCUCUGACGUCACUAUCAAACUCAAGUUCCUGGAUGAAAACAAGGUAAAGGUGAUGCAUAAACAGCUGCUCCUCUUCCAUAAUGCCAUCUCAGCCUACUUUGCUGGGAACCAGCAGCAGUUGGAGCAGACCCUGAGGCAGUUUAACAUCAAGCUGAGGCCCCCAGGGGCCGACAAACCCUCUUGGCUUGAGGAACCAUGAGGGAGGGGGCCACAUGAAACAGGGCAGCCCAGGAGAGGCCCUCCUAACCUGGGAGCAAGAGGAUACCCAAACCCCUACUAUCCACUACAGUGGACCACGGACGGACAGGAAUACGUAAAGAUGGAUGAAUGGGCAUUGAAUCUAUAGAGGACAGUGUCAUGAACAGUGAUCAGGGACUUUUGGUGCCUCUCUCCUUUUCUGUCUUUAUCCACCAAUUGCUUUUCUUUCAAUUCCCUCUCCUCUAUAAUAAUAUCUCCUCUCCUGUUCUCCUCCUCCUCCUCGGUGCCAUGCUGACCUCUAGCCUGAUCUGUUUAUUCCUUCCCCUUCUCUCUCUCUCUCUCUCUCUCUCUCUCUCUCUCUCUGUCUCUCUGUCUCUCUGUCUCUCU